AUGGCCGAAUCUGGUAUUGAUUUAGGUUACGAUCUGUCGGCUCUCUUGUCCGACGAUUUCGAUAUAGAAAGUGCGAUUGAUUUCGAUGAUCUCUUGGGUACUCCGAAAAAUCAAGAGUUUUACGAACUAACUUCUAAAACAAUGCCUGUAAACGAAAGUCCGCCGAACCUAAAAACCGCCACCCCAUUGUCCCGAACGCAGUUGAAGCUGCAGCUGAUGCGCGACCAGGCGCUGAUGGAGCAGGAAAGACAGGCCCAAGAACGAGCAAGACAAGCUCAAGCCAUGCAACAAAGACCGCCAGCCUCAGCCAUGAAAGUGCCAUUGCACAGUUUAGCGGUAGAGGUUCCUCCCCAAGUUUUACAAGUUCAAACAAAACUAGCAAAUCCUACUAGGUACCAUGUGAUACAGAAACAGAAAAGUCAAGUGAGGCAGUAUCUCAGCGAAUCAUUCCAAGCUCCGGGCAAUGCACACUUCUUGAACAAUUUGCAAAAUCCGGUGCCGCAAACGCACAGCGCGCCCGGAAUUGCCGGUGCUCCGGUACCUUCCGCCCCCCUAAUGCCGCAGCAGUCCCUUGCUCACUCGCACCCCUUUCAAGUUUCGUGCCCUAGUCCUGAGGCUGUGGCCAUGUCCCCAGCGCUCAGCUCAGGCGCCACCAGCACCUCUGAGGCUGAAGAUCUUAUUGACGAUCUGCUCUCGUUGGAAUCAAGUUCCCUCGCUUCUGAUAGUUUCAAAACUUCGGACAAUUCGUUACCAGGAAACGAUAUAAAUAUCAAAAAUGAACCUUUUGUUCUUAGCGAUGCUGAACUCCAUGCUCUUGCAAAAGACCGACAAAAGAAAGAUAACCAUAAUAUGAUUGAACGUAGGCGAAGGUUCAACAUAAAUGAUCGAAUAAAAGAAUUAGGUACUCUCUUGCCGAAGAAUAAUGAUCCUUAUUACGAAAUAGUGCGAGACGUUCGCCCCAACAAAGGAACGAUAUUAAAAUCAUCAGUAGAAUAUAUAAAAUGUCUCAAAAACGAAGUACAAAGGCUAAAGCAAUCCGAAAUUAGACAAAAACAAAUCGAACACAUCAACAGAAGGCUGCAGCUCCGAGUCCAGGAACUCGAACGCCAGAUGAAAUCUCACGGCUUGCCCUUAUCAGAGUUCAACUUCCAAGGCUACAACUCGCCCUACAACUCCUACCAGAAGAGCCAGAACCAGCCGCCCCCGACCGCCCUCCUGCCCCCCAUCAUGCUGUCAGACCCCAACAAGAAGGGUGCGGAUGUGGCCUUCCAGAUGCCGGACGUGAUCAACGACGCCGCCCUGAGCAUGUCCACCAUGGAGGAGCUGAUGGACGACGACGAGCCGGUGAACGGCGACCCCAUGCUGUCCUCCCCCAACGACCUCUCGGGGGAGCAGCUGCUGACCUCCCCCGCACUCUGCGAGCCCCGACUGCCCACCCCCACGCCCACCAGCCACAUAGAACACGUCGACGGCGACACCCUCGAUAUUGACAUGAUUGCAUGAUAUUAGCGUCCGUGCGGACUGGGUUCGACGAGUCCCAUGGACAGUGACUGCAAUAUUACCAUUACCAUUAUUACCGGUUUACUUAAAUCUUAUUACAGCAUUUAGAGAAUUCGACUAUAACAUCAGUUAGGUACUUUUGUUAUGUAGAGAUAUUGUAUUGCGCCUCGCGUGCCUCGUAGCUCAAAUUUUCUAGAUUGUCCGAGAUUGAGAUACCUACUAUGUUAAGGAAUAAGCCAAAUAUGUGUAAAUAAAAGUAUUGUGAUGUUCUGGGUAGGGUGUUACCAUUUUUGUUGUUGUUAAUAACAAAAUUAUAGAUUUUAACAUUGUUUUAAAAUGAUUAUUAAAAAUUAUCGACGAUUAUUAUCAA